UGCUGUUUCCUGCUCAACACUUAGAUUUGACUACAUAUAGUCAAAUACAUGCCUGUAAUAUUAUAAAAGGUAAAAAAAAAAAUCCAGUUAACAAAAGCACAUUAUGUUGGGAUUCAAACACAUGAAUACUGAUCCUAUUCUGAGUAGGAUAACACACGUCUUACUGUUAAUCAUUCAAAAAAACUGCUUCAUGUUCUUGUGUGGUUUUACAAUCACUUAUAUCAAUUUAUCUGAAACUUGUAAAUAGUGUUGUGUGUCAGGUGUAGAUCAGUAUCCUGCAGAGCUAUAUGACACCCAUGAAAGCAGCUUUCUGCCCUAAGUGAGUCAGCUGACCAAGCCGUUGGGUGCUGUCACACGCUGAGUUCCCGUCUGGCUCCAGUGUGGAAACACAGGAGUUAAGAUGACGUUCAUCGCCAAGACGUUCUACGACUUGAAGGCCACCACGCUGGAGGGAGACCCGGUGGACUUUAACGUCUACAGGGGACGGGUGGUCCUCAUAGAGAACGUGGCCUCGCUCUGAGGCACCACCACCCGGGACUUCAGCGAGCUCAACCUGCUUCAAAGCAAGUACCCUCAUCGGCUGGUGGUCCUGGGCUUUCCCUGUAACCAGUUUGGAUAUCAGGAGAACUGCUCCAAUGGCGAGAUCCUUAGUUCACUGCAGCAUGUGCGUCCAGGCGGUGGCUUUCAGCCCAACUUCACCAUCUUUGAGAAGUGUAACGUCAACGGAACAAACACACAUCCAGUCUUUGCCUAUCUGAAAGACAAGCUCCCCUAUCCCGAUGACGACCCCAACUCCCUCAUGCAGGACCCCAAGUUUCUGGUUUGGAGUCCCAUCUGCAGGACGGACGUGUCUUGGAACUUUGAGAAAUUCGUCAUUGGGCCAGAGGGAGAGCCCUUUAAAAGAUACAGCAAAAAGUUCCCCACCAUUGACAUCGAGCCUGACAUUCAAAGACUGUUAAGAUUAACCAAGACCUAGGAAUAGCCUCCACCUCUUAAUGAUUACCCAUCCAUUAAAGUCAUGAUAUGCUGUCCUCCAUACUUUUAAGCCUUAUUAAAUGAGGGUAAUAUUCUGAAAAGUUAAGGGAAUAUUAUCUGAGGCCUUAUAAGUGCUUAACAGUAGUGGAUGAAUAAGUUCAAUAUAUUUUUUAAGUUUGCGGAAACCUAUUGUAGUGGAAAGAAAGCUGGGAUUUUACUGCAUAGUACCAGGUUUAAACAAAUGUGGAUCUACAUUUAAAAAAAAAAAAAUCACUUUUGAAGAGCAGAGUAUUUCCUUUUGCGUGUGCUUUUGUUUCUUGCCCUGUGCUGGCCUGGCCAGCAGAUGGUGCUACUGAUUUGAUCAUACAAACACACAACUUCUCUCAUACCUUUAUGAAUUAACAUUCACCACACAUGCAUUCACAAAAUGUUUGCACUGGAAUAAAACAUUAAAAACAAAUUUCUCUAUCACCAGUGUAUCUUUUUUUUUUUUUUUUGACUCUACAAACUGAAGGGCGUCUGCCAUAAAGAUGUGCACCUCUGAUGCAGGUUGACAAAAA